AUCUCUUGUACCAGACGAAUCCUAAAAGUACUAAUACUAAUUCCACAAAAUAAGAUUUGAGGAAGAUCGGAAUUAGAGAAAUUAUUUUUGAUUGAUAUUCUAUUCAAUUACAUUUGAUUUUUAUUUUUUUCAAAAUAAAAAAAUUCAACAAAAUCAAAGGAUAUUUGUCAUUUUUUCGCCGUUUCUGUAUAAGGAGGAUCGAGAUCCCGGAGUUGGAGUCGGAGCCGUAGCCGGAGCCGGAGUCGGAGUCGGGGCAGAAGGGAAAAAAACUGAAUAAUGGCGGAAGCUCUCUUCGAGCUGGAAGAAAUUCUCAUCUCCAGAAAGGAAGCUCUGACGAGUGAAGAAGCUAAACUACUUAAUUCAUGGAAGCAAAAUGCUGUAAGAGAUUUUGGCAUUGGUGCUACCGGUGCUUCCAUUGCCACUUGGUUAGUAACCAGAAGGCUGAAUAACCUAGUUCGUAUGAACCUGACAGCAGGUGUUGGUUUCUAUUAUGGCAUUAGGAGAUUUGCCAAGUGUGUGGAUUCAGAAAUUGAACAUAUUCUCUCUCAGCAUGGGACUCGUUUGCAAACUGGGUUGGCAGAAAUAAUGUUGAAGAAGUAUCAGCAUGAUCCGCACGUAUUGCAACGUGUCUCCAAACAUUUUUUCUGUGAGAAUGUUUAUAACGACGACUCGACAGACCAGCCAAAACCAAGGUGGCGCUUUCGGAACUCCUUUGAGGAAGAUGUUGCUUCUCCUCAUAUGACAUAUGAUGAUGCCUUUUACAAUAAGAAAAUCAAUUCGGUGAAAACUGAUCUGAGGAAGACCAAUCUACAGCGCAGGAAAAUUAAUAUGAGUGCAGCAGCUGAUGUUCUGGAGGCAAUUGAAGACCCAUUUGACUGCAUAUUUGGCUCUUCAGCAAGUGUCCAAGAUAUUCAUCAUCCUGACGCAUUUAGCUCACUGCCUAGAAGGCGUAACUAUAACCAGAAAAGGUCUCAGCGUAGGCAUAGGAUGCGUCACAAGGAGAACAUGGAUGUUUGAGCUUUCUUCAAUCGACCAAGUAGACCUCACAAAAGCCGCUUGCAUGUACCGGAAAUUAUUGCGAAAAGUAGAACUAUGUGGGUGUCUUUCUGUGUUGCUGCUCUCUCCUUGAUACGUGGAGUAUUGCUUCAUAGCUGAAUGAGUCAUGCACCAAAUCUCUAGCUGCUAGUAUAUAUUUAUGGCUCCAUUUGCAUUUCAGUUAUACAGGGAUGAUGUACAGAUUUCAACAUAAGCUAGUUAUAGAGGAUUAACACUGGGGAAGUUAAAUGUUCAUCUCCACUUGAAAUAUUUGGAUGAAAUCAAAUUUGAGUUCUGAAUUCCCAGCAUGUAUUAGUUAGAAGAAAUAAAUUUAUGGAAUAAACAGCUGUACUUGUUACCAAUGUUUUGGCAACUCUUUUUCAAUUUCUGGAAAGUUUAUCUUGUUCAAGGGUAUAA